AUAAAACCAUGUUAUACAAUGAAAAAGGAGUGCCUGGAUCCAAUUUAGAGUAGGUAAAAUGGACAAGUGGGUGAUCAGAAAAAACGUUAAGAAUCCAACUGGGGAUGGGGAAACAGGAACAAGCAGAGAGCAGCUGAACCUGAAACCUAGUCAAGAAACUGGAACUGAGAAAAUUCGUAACAAUAUCUUGACUUCACCAGACCAUGCAGAUUUGACUCACACCACAGUUGCCUUUGAGCGAGACUUGAGGUUGAGAAUCAAAUAGCAAUAUCAGCUCAAGAGGUCAACAUUGAACCGUCACCACCAAAUCCAGAGGUUGCAAAAAUCACAAAACUUACAUUGAAAAAGAGGGAAUAUAAGUUUAAAAAUGAAUGGCUGUACCUUCCAGAGUUUCGGGAUUGGCUAACAAAGGGUAAACAGGGUGCUGACAGAUGAGAAAUGGCUCGCUGUAAAAUAUGUGACACUAAUAUAUUUUCACACAAGACUGAUUUAUUGCGUCACAGUAAAUCU